AAAAGUAAUUUGGGUAUGAAAAUGUUAGUCUAGUAGUAUUCAUUCAUUUCUACUCUUUUUCACAGGAACGAACACAUGCUUAGUUUUUGUCUGUGACUCACUCACUCAACUCUGUUGUUCAUUAGUGCUGCAAAAGGGGAGGAAAAAACAAAUAGAGAAAAACCCUAAUCUUCUGGUUCCUCUCAAAUUGGUUGAAUUGGAGCACUUUUAUGGCCUCAACGGAGUGAUGCAGAGUAGAGUGGUGUGAGUCUGUUGUAGAAGAGCAAGACAACCGAUGGCAAUGGCGUCUACCGAUACAGAGUUGGAAGAACAACUCCUGGAAGCCGGUAACAAGCUCCUCCUAGAUCCUCUCUCCUCGGUGGAGGACCUCCUCCCACUCCUCGACCAAGUAGAGAGUUGCCUAUCAAGGGUUGAACAGUCACCUAAUGACUCUAUGCGAAAUGCACUCUCUCCAUCAUUGAAAGCAUUGAUUACAGACAAACUUUUAAGGCACUCAGAUGACGAUGUCAAAAUUGCAGUUGCCUCUUGCGUCAGUGAAAUAACAAGAAUCACUGCACCUGAAGCUCCUUAUGAUGAUGAUCAAAUGAAGGUGGUCUUUCUAUUAAUAGUAUCUUCGUUUGAAAAUCUACAUGAUAAGUUAAGCCAAUCAUAUACAGAUGACAUUUUCUUGCAGGUGGUCUUUCAAUUAAUAGUAUCUUCAUUUGAAAAUCUACAUGAUAAGUUAAGCCAAUCAUAUGCAAAGAGGACCUCAAUUCUUGAAACUGUUGCGAAAGUCAGAUCAUGUGUGGUAAUGCUGGACCUUGAAUGUGAUGCCCUGAUUUUGGAGAUGUUUCAGCAUUUCUUUAAAGCUAUAAGGGAACAUCAUCCAGAAAAUGUUUUUUCAUCCAUGGAAACAAUUAUGACCCUUGUUCUAGAGGAAAGUGAAGAUAUAUCCUUAGACCUGCUGUCUCCACUCCUGGCCAGCAUUAAGAAAGACAAUGAGGAAGUUUUUCCAAUAGUCCAGAAGUUGGGGGAGAGGGUCAUUGAAUGCUGUGCAACCAAACUUAAACCCUACUUGGUUCAAGCAGUGAAAUCCUUGGCUAUAUCUGUGGAUGAUUAUAGUGCAGUACUUGCUUCAAUAUGCCAAGAUACGUCUGAUGACUUGGAGAAAAAUGAUACAUGUGUUACUAGUGAGCUUGUGGAAGAUAAGAGUGAUUCAGCAAAACAGUCACCAGAGGAGUCAACACAUGUGGUUGAAAAGGAUUCAAGGGAAGUUGCGCCCUCUCAACCAGAAAAUACUGGUGUGAGUAUAUCUCCAAAGUUGGUAAUGAGCAAUGGUGUUGCAUGUGUUGGAGAAGAUAAUGCUUUAGCUGAUUCCAAGUCCAUUAAAAAACAAGAGGACGCUGAUUUUUCUAAUCACUCUGAAGGUUUGAAUAUAUCUGGUGAGGAGGUGCAUAAUAAUUUGGACACUGAAAAAGUUGACAAUAGUAAACAAAAGCCAAAACAAGCUACCAAGAGACGACGAAAGAAAUCAAGCUCUUCAACUAAAUCAGCAAAACCUUCCAAGGGUCAUGUUGCUGCUAACGAAAGGGAAACUGAGAAAAUGCUUGACCAUGAAAGCAACAACAAGAAAGUUCCCAGUCCCCCUCACGAGGAUCAUUCUGUUGAAGCAGCAGGACCUCCAGAGAAUGACAAUGAAAUCGAUGCUAAGAUUUCAUCACCAAAGGCUUGCAACGGUGAAUCUGAAGUUGUUGCUUCUCCACCAAGGGAGAGCCUCUAUGAUGAAAAUCUUUCAAGGAAACAUGGACGAACAAAAAAGAAAGAUGGACCUAUAAAAGAAGGGGCUGCUGAGGAUGCUUCAAAGGUGUCCGGAGGAGCUAGUGAUUCAGAUGCCAAACCUGUCAGGCAGUCAGUGAAAAAGGCACUUGGUCUGAAGUCUGAUGUGAAAAAAGCUAGUGUGGUGGAUUCUGUUAAAAAAGGAAGUGGGGCAGUUAAUGAUGCAGAUGCUAAAAAGCACUCAGCCAAGAAAUUAGAUGAAAACAAAAAGGGUAGUGGUGGAUCCUCUUCAAGGCAGAUGGAGGACAAGAAAAAGGGAAGGCGGGGGAAAGCUAACUCUGAAACAGAUGUAGCAAAGUCAUCUGCUAUGGAGUUGGACAAGGAAAUGGUUUCUUCUCCGAGGUCUGGUACAAAGUCAACUAAAAAUGAAAAUUCAGAGGAUACUCCCAAGACAAAUGUGAAAAGGAAACGCAGUUCAGGAAAAGAAAAUGAGUCUAGUACAAAGGAAUAUGGUCAAAACCUUGUUGGUUUACAAGUCAAAGUUUGGUGGCCUGAUGAUCAUGAGUUUUACAAAGGUGUUAUUGUAUCUUUUGAUUCUGCCAAAAAGAAGCACAAGGUCUUGUAUGAUGAUGGUGAUGAAGAAACAUUAAAUCUUGUGAAGGAGAAAUGGAAGGUCAUUGAAGCUGACUCAGAUGCAGAUAAGGAGGAACGAAGUGAUCACACAGAUCUUGAUGCUUCCACUGAUAUGCCACCGAAGAAGAAAGGGAAAAGAAGUGCUGGUGAGUCAACCAAACAAGGAAAGAUGGAUGCUUCUUCCAGAAGCGGUGGAGCAGCAACAUCCAGUAGAUCAAAGGGUGCAUCCACGAAGUCUAGCCAGAAGUCCGAAGAUGGCAACAAAUCCAUAGAUUCCAAGACUAUUAGCAAACCUGAGGAUGAAGUUGGUAGAAAAUCUAAGGCCAGCGCUCCUAAAAGUGGUAGCAAUAAAUCUAUUGUCACCGAUAAAAAAAUGAGUAAUAAAUCCAAAAACAUUGAUACUUCCAAGACAAGUGAAUCAAAGGAUGAUGACACUAGCACGCCAAAACCCUCUGCGAAGUCUAAGCAAGAAACUCCAAAAAGUGGAAAAUCCAAGCAAGAAACCCUGAAGACUCUCAUUUCGAAAAGAAAACCUUUCAAAAGUGGUGGAAAGACUGAUGUUAAUGGUGCGGGCAAGGUGAAAUUUGGUUUAUUGAAGAGAAAAUAUUCCGAGAAUGAGAACUCUGAUGUUUGAGCAGGAGAGGUAGAAAAUGCCAAGGGCAAGACUUCCAAGUUCAUCAAAGGCACAAGUGAGCUCAAGAGUGGAAAGAAGCGUUGGAGAAGCUAAAAGUAUAUAUUUUUUCUCGCUGUUUAUUUCUUAGCUGGGUGCUUGCUUUGUGCUUUUCGGUGUACUAUUCCCCAUGGCUUUUAAUUGUUUCUUCCUAUGGCUAGGGUGAUCAAAUUAAUUUAAGCCAUGUCAGGUAGCUCUGUAUCGUUUUGUGGUAAUUAUCUCGUUGUUGCUAGCAAUCUUUUCUCUCGUUAUUAGUUAGGUUAGUCGUAGUAUGGGUUAGUAUCUUUGGUUACUUUUCCAUUGUUUCUAGACUAGAGGAAUGUUAUUUGAAGGCUAGCAACUUUCAUUUAUAGAAUGCUUUGGCACUCCCCGAUGUUUGAUAAUAUAUAAAUUUACAUUCAUUCACAUAAUCACAUUGCCCUUGUUUCAA